AUGGCGGUGGGCACGGAGGGAGCCGCGGGCGCUGGGGCCCUGGGCUACUGCGCCGAGAUCAAGUCGCAGUUCCGUACGAGCGAGGGCUUCUACAAGCUGCUGCCCGGCGCCGAGGGCGCAGCCCGGCGGGCUGGUCAGGCCCCGGGCCCCGGCCCGGCCUCCGCCGCCGCCGGGACCGGGGCCGGGGCCCCCUCCCCGCCCGGGCUGGGGCCCGCGCUGCCCGCCGUGCGCCUGAGCCUCCUGCGCCUGGGCGAGCCCGACCUCACUACCGCCUCCGGGGAGCCCACCGGGCCGCUCCCGGCCGCCGGCACCGACCGUGUCUGCUUCAACCUAGGCCUAGAGCUGUACUUCUAUCCGGGAGGAUCCGGGCGCCAAGGCAGCCACCGGUCCAUAGAUCUCAACAAGCCCAUUGACAAGCGGAUCUACAAGGGUACCCAGCCUACUUGUCAUGACUUCAACCAGUACACUGCAGCCACCGAGACCAUCUCCCUGCUGGUGGGCUUCUCAGCGGGCCAAGUCCAGUACCUAGACCUGAUUGAAAAGGAUACCAGCAAACUCUUCAAUGAGGAAAGGCUGAUUGACAAGACCAAGGUGACCCACCUGAAGUGGCUGCCCGAGUCAGAAAGCCUGUUCCUGGCCUCCCACGCCAGUGGCCACCUCUAUCUGUACGAUGUGUCUUGUCCCUGUGGCCCUGCCCCACCCCAGUACAGCCUACUCAAGCAGGGGGAAGGCUUCGCCGUCUACACUGCCAAGGGGAAGGCACCCCGAAACCCGCUGGCCAGGUGGGCCUUGGGUGAGUGCCCCCUGAAUGAGUUUGCUUUCUCUCCGGACAGGCGUCACCUGGCCUGCGUGAGCCAGGAUGGCUGCCUGGGCGUCUUCCACUUCGAUUCCAUGCUCUUGCGGGGCCUCAUGAAAAGCUACUUUGGAGAUCUGCUCUGUGUGUGCUGGAGCCCUGAUGGGUGCUACGUGGUGACGGGGGGGGAUGACCUGGUCACCAUGUGGUCCUUCACCGAGGCCCGAGUGGUGGCCAGAGGCCAUGGCCACAAGUCUUAGAUCAAGGCUGUAGCCUUUGAUCCAUAUACCACAAGGAGUGAGGAAGAACGGGAGGAGGAAGGGACCCCAAGUGGGAGCGAGCGGGAGGCAGGCUCCUUGCCCCGGCUGCCUCCCCCAGCCGUCACCUACCGCUUCGGCUCAGCUGGCCAGGACACGCAGUUCUGCCUGUGGGACCUGGCGGAGGACGUGCUCUACCCCCAGCCCCCACUGGCCGGGCCCCGGGCCGGCACGGAGGCUGCACCUGUCACCCCAGGGCCCCUGCCCAAAUCCCUGUCCCGCUCCAACAGCCUCCCACACCCGGCAGUGAGUGGCAAGGGGGCCGGGACAGGCACGGGUGGAGUGACGGAGCCUGGGACCUCCUUCAGCAUCGGCAAGUUUGCCACGCUGACCCUCCAGGAGCGUCGUGACAUGGGUGCUGACAAAGAGCACAAGCGCUACCACAGCCUGGGCAACAUCAGCCGGGGUGGCAGUGGCGGCAGUAGCAGCGGAGACAAGCUGGGCGGGCCAGCCCCCCGAGGCCGCCUGGACCCAGCCAAGGUUCUGGGCACGGCCCUGUGCCCUGGAAUCCAUGAGGUGCCCCUGCUGGAGCCCCUGGUAUGUAAGAAGAUUGCCCAGGAGCGCCUCACCGUCCUCCUCUUCUUGGAGGACAGUAUCAUCACCGCCUGUCAGGAGGGUCUCAUCUGUACCUGGGCCCGGCCUGGCAAAGCUGGCCUCUCCUCCCAGCCUGCCAACUCCCCCAGCGGCACUGUGGUGUGAAGCUU